CUGCUUUCAUUCGUGUAGUCGUGUGCGUGUCGUAUCUUUUCUGCUCUUGUUGUUGACCCGUUGCUGUCGCACUUUCACGUUGUCCCUUACUAGAAAUCAAACCAAAACAUGGCAGACGUGGUGCAAGAUGUCGUGGCUAAUUUAACAGAAAAUAUAACGAACAGUAGUGCUAACGAAACCGGAAAAAUUCCAGCAACCCCGGAAGGAAUGGCAGUUGCAUACAGUAGUCUCAUUAUUAUGGCUCUUCUUCCCAUAUUCUUUGGGUCUUUCAGAUCUGUCAAACACCAUAAGGAACAAGCGGAAUCAGGAGAACAGCCUGAGACUAUGUCACAUAAAGACGCUGCCAUGUUUCCUUUAAUAGCUAGUGCCGCUUUGUUUGGUCUCUACAUUUUCUUUAAGCUGUUUUCUAAGGAAUAUAUCAACCUACUGUUAACAGGAUACUUUUUCUUCCUAGGAAUUUUUGCACUUUGUCAUCUUAUGAGUCCAUUGAUAAGCUCGCUGGUGCCUGCAGCAAUACCCAAUGUUCCAUUCCAUCUGCGCUUCACCAAGGGCAGCGGGGAGGAGCAAGAGUAUCUCGUAGACUACAACUUCACAUCACAUGAUCUAGUGUGUCUAGCCUGCUGCUCUGUUAUAGGAGCUUGGUACAUUGUUAAAAAGCACUGGAUAGCCAACAAUCUAUUUGGGAUUGCAUUUGCCAUAAAUGGUGUAGAAUUGCUCCAUCUCAACAAAGUUGUUACCGGCUGUAUUCUGCUGUGUGGACUUUUUGUUUACGAUAUCUUUCUGGGUGUGUUUGGGACCAAUGUCAUGGUCACUGUCGCCAAGUCUUUUGAGGCACCAAUAAAAUUAGUGUGGUGUUUUCCUCAAGACCUGCUGGAGAGAGGUGUUGCUGCCAACAACUUUGCCAUGCUUGGGCUGGGAGACAUUGUCGUUCCUGGAAUUUUCAUAGCCCUGCUGUUACGAUUUGACCUCAGGUAAGCAGUUUAUUAGCCAAUUUGUACAGAUUAAAUCAUGUGACUGCACAAUACGAUAUUUAUGAACAAUGUUAUUGAUGUCUUUCAAUUGUACAGAAAGCAAUAAAAUUAGAAGCUCUA